GCACCAUCUUGCGGCGCUGGAAGAGGAACUGGUUUGACCUCUGGUCAGAUGGACGUCUGGUCUUCUACGAGGACCAGCAGCGGCGGGACAUGGAAGACGAGAUCCACAUGAAGGUGGACUGCAUUAACAUCCGCAAUGCCAGCGCAUGUAGAGGUGGCAUCUGCGCAGACAGUGCAGACGAUGCUUUGGCUUGGACCAUGGCACUUCAGGACGCCAGACUCAACACUAUUGUGCCGCCUCCUCAGGUCGGUUUUGCCGAGGACGUCGUAGCAUCAGCUCCUCCACCCUAUUCUGAAUUAAACACAACUCCACAGCUCGUAUUAGAUGUUGCCUUUGCCAUUUCUGUUUGA